AUGGAGGAGGUGUCCGCUGUCCUGGUCAAAAUUCAGCCAGAGUUCAUCUGUCCUGUCUGCCUGGACUACCUCAAUGACCCCGUCACCAUCGACUGCAACCACAACUUCUGUGACUCCUGCAUCCGCAUGUCAUGGAAGGACCUGCAGGACACAUUCCCUUGUCCCGUGUGCCGGCGGACCCACCAGGAGAUGCGUAUCACUGGCAACGCCCAGCUGGGCAGGCUUGUGGACCUGGUCAAGCUCCUGCACAGCUCUGGGAGCAGCGAUAUGGCGCGGGCAGAGGAGAGAAGAUGUGAGGAGCACAGGCAGGGAGUGAGCCUCUUCUGCGAGGACGACCGGGAGCCGGUGUGCCCCCUGUGCGCCCAGGGCCCUGUCCACCAGGGCCACCACGUCAGGCCCCUGGAGGAGGUUGCACAUCAGUACAGACAGAGGCUCAGUGGCUACAUCGAGUCCCUGAAGACACAGCUGGCAAAGGUGGAGAAGCUCUUAGUCAUCCAAGAGAGAAAGCUCCUGCAGCUGAGAGAGGAGGUGAGAAUGCAUAACAGUCAGUUGGCCUCGGAAUUUGAGCAGCUCACCAAGUUUGUGGAGCGUGAUCAAGAGGCAGCGCUCUGCAGGCUGGCCAAAGAGGACAAACACCUGCAGCAGCAGUUCAGGGCCAACGUCGCUCUUUACUCAGACCAUAUUUCAAUGUUGAAAGACCUCAGAAAGGAGGUGGCCGAGCGGAGCGUGAUGUCCGAUGAGAUGGUGCUGAGGAGGGUGAAGGUCCUGAAGCAGCGCUGGGAGGGCCUGGAGCCACCGGUCAUGCAGCCCCUGCGCUUCAGGCCUGUGGCCUACAGCCUCCCUCUUCUGUGCUCAGUGCUCAGCAGCAUCAUCCGGAGAUUCCGAGAGCGCAUCAGCCUGGACCCCCACACGGCACACCCCAGCCUGCGCGUGUCCCAGGACCUCCAGUCGUUGACCUGCGUGAGGAAGAGGUCCAAAGGGGAUGGGGACCCCAAAUCCUGUGAUGGGACCGCCCAGCUGGUGGUCCUGGGCUGGGAGGGCUUCGCCUCUGGCGGCAACUACUGGGAGGUGCAGGUGGGCGCCAAGCCCGAGUGGGCCAUGGGCGUGUGCAGCGUCCCCGCUUCAGCCCAGGCCCCGCGGCCCUUUCCAGCUCCCAAGAGAUGCUGGACGCUGCAGCUGCUGGACGGCAACUACUUGGCUGUGGGCGUGGGGGCCGUGCCUCUGGCUCUCAGGGACCAGCCAGGGGCCAUCAGCGUUUACCUGGACUGGGAGCUGGGCCAGCUUUCCUUCUACAAUGCAGCCAACAGAUGUCACCUGCACUCAUUCACAGAGCCCUUUGCUCAAGAGCUCAAGCCCUACUUCAGCGUGGGGAACGAUUGCGCCCCUCUCUCCGUGGGCGUGGGGAGAGUUUAA